UUUUUUUCGCCCUCUCGUAUUGAUUAGGGAGGAAAGAAGAUAUCCCAACCAUUCUCUCUCUCUCUUUUUUUUUUCUGUCUGACUGCAAGGCAUGAGGCAUGAUUACAUAUGAUAUCAUUUGCGAUUCUUGUGCUUCUUGCCUUGCCCUGCCUUGCUUUUACUUGGUCUCGAAAGUUGAGGGGAUAUACUUUUGAUUCUCUGUUUAGAUGGAAAUCUCAUACCCCCACCGCCCCCUCCACCGCCUACUUACCUCCUACUUGCCUAUCUAUCUAUACCCCCUACCACCGCUCUCUGUCGCAUAAGAAUUCCCCCUACAAAUUAUAGAUGGACAGUCGUUGUGUCUAGAUGACAACCCCCGGACUCCCACCACCCUCUUGUACGUGACGAUCCAUGAUAGAAACAGA